AUGGGUGAUCUCUACCCCUUGGAUUUCGAUGGAGUUCUAUGCGACAGCUGCGGAGAAAGCUCUCUCUCCGCCGUUAAGGCUGCCAAAGUGAGAUGGCCGGAUCUGUUUACCGGUGUUGAUUCAACCACCGAGGACUGGAUUGUUGCUCAGAUGUACACUGUGAUCCGCCUUCCCUGCAUUUGUCCCACUAGACCAACAACCGGGUCUUCUUCUUCCCGCGUUGUCAACCCGCGGGUUGACCCGGAUCCGGUCGAGCUAGUGGGUAAGGGUUAA